CCCGGGCCGGCACCAGCGCCAGCGCCGGGACCCGGGGGGGGAGGACAGAGAGGCGGCGGAGGAGGAGGACGGAGAGGAGGAGGCGGCGGCGGCCGAGGCAGCUGCCUCUGGGGGCUGUGGCCCGAGGCCCCGGGCGCCCGCAGCGGGGCCCCCAUGGACGAGUCGGGGGGCGGCGCGGGGGGGGCCGCCGGGGAGAGCCCCAGCCGCGCCGUGGAAUACCUGCUGGAGCUCAAUAACAUCAUUGAAGGGCAGCAGCAGCUGCUGGAAACGCAGCGGAGGCGCAUCGAGGAGCUGGAGGGCCAAGUGGACCGGCUGAGCCGGGAGAACCGAGACCUGCGCGCCGGCGCUGCGGCCGCGGCCGGAGCGGGGCCCCUGCAGGCCCGGGAGAGCCCCUACCAGAACCUGCGAGACACCCAACGCCUUCACCUGCGCCGCGAGCCUCGGCCGGGCCACCCGCACCGGGCGCCGCCGCCGCCGCCCAUCGCCGGCAAGGCGCCCUACGCCGCCCGGGGGGAGCACCACCACCACCGAGGGGAGCACCAGAGGGACGGGCCUUUCGGCGGCGCCCCCUGCCACCUGCACCACGAACGCGUGGUCCGGGACUGCCCCGGGAGCCGCCACCACCCCUGCGAGGAGCCCUCUCCAUACCCAGGAGGGGGAGGCGGAGGGCCCCGGGGGGAGCAGCCUCCCCCGCCGCAGCAGCCGCAGCAGCAGCAGCAGCCCCCCCAGGCGCCGCCGCCGCAGCCCCCCCAGGCGCCGCAGCAGCAGCCGCCCCCCCAAGCGCCGCCGCAGCCGCCGCCGCCGCAGCAGCCCCCGCAGCCGCCCCGGGGUCAGAUGAGCCGAGGGGCCUCCCGGAGUUCCAGUCCGGGGGCGGGUGGGGGCCACAGCACCAGCGGAAGCACGAGCCCAGCCACGACCCUUCGGAGAAAGUCAGAUGGGGAGAAUUCGAGAACAGUCAGGUCCGCAGAGUCUCCCACCCUCCACCAGUAUUGCUGUCCUGCCCAGGUGUUCCUCUCCAUGCAGCUACUCCCCCCAGGCAGGCCGACUGAGAGCAGUGUGGAGGGCGAUGCCCCGUCCAGUGAUCUGGGCGUCGGGGCCGACAGUCCGGAAAGCCAGGCCCCUUACCGUUGCGGGGGCAGUGGUGUUGUCAGCGAGUUCGCCAAGUUGUCGGACCCCUAUGAGCUGCCCCCUGCUGCCUGCCAUGUCCACAUGCCUGGUCCGUCUGCUGCCACUGGCCUGCCCUGGGCCCAGCGGGCUCGUCUCCAGCCUGCCAGCUUAGCACUCCGAAAGCAGGAGGAAGAAGAGAUGAAGAGGUCCAAGGCCCUGUCUGACAGCUACGAGCUCUCCACAGACCUGCAGGACAAGAAGGUGGAGAUGCUGGAGCGGAAGUAUGGUGGCCCAUUUCUCAGCCGGCGGGCAGCACGCACCAUCCAGACGGCCUUCCGCCAGUACCGAAUGAACAAGAACUUUGAGAGGCUGCGAAGCUCAGCCUCGGAGAGCCGCAUGUCCAGGCGCAUCAUUCUGUCCAACAUGCGCAUGCAGUUUUCCUUUGAGGAGUAUGACAAGGGCCAGAACGCUCCUUAUUUUGAGGGCAAACCAGCCUCCUUGGAUGAAGGUGCUAUGGCAGGGGCCCGGGCCCAUCGCCUAGAGCGUGGCCUCCCCUACGGUGGCUCCUGCAGUGGCCUGGAUGGAGGCAGUUCCGUCACCACCUCUGGGGAGUUUUCCAAUGAUAUCACCGAGUUGGAAGACUCCUUCUCCAAGCAGGUGAAGUCCUUGGCAGAAUCGAUUGAUGAGGCCCUGAACUGUCACAGUCUUCGGGGAGAGGAGGAGGAGGAGGAGGAGGAGGAGGAGGAGGAAGAGGAGGAGGAGGAGGAGGAGGAGGAGGAGGAGGAGGAGGAAGAGACAGUGGAGCCAGGAAGAGUGGAAGUCUCAGGGCCCCUCCCAGAGCAGGCAGAGGUCCGGGACCGGGACCACCAUGGGGACAGCACAGGCACUUCCUUCAGUGACGUGACCCUCUACCUGGAUGAAGCCACUGGGCCUGUGUCCCCGCUUUCCCCGGACCACCCCAUCAGCAGCAGCGACACUCCACAGCCACCUUUGCCACCCCCCCAACCUGGGGCUGCUAAUGCUCGGGAGGAAGACCUGGGGGCCCGCCGGGGCCCCCCCUGCCUUGAAUGCAGGGACUUCCGCCUGCGGGCAGCACACCUUCCGCUGCUGACCAUUGAACCACCCAGUGAUAGCUCUGUGGACCUCAGUGACCGCUCUGACCGGGGGUCUAUUCACCGGCAGCUGGGCAACUAUGAGGCUGGUGGGACUGGCAGCCCCCAUGGAACCUUGCAGCAGCACCCAGAGCCACCACCGCCUGGGAGACCCCCUCACCCCCUGCGCCACUAUCCAGCCCCUGAAGCCAGCAGCCUGGGGCCCCCCCCACCUCCCCCUGGAACCUCUGCCCUCAACAGUGGCGGCCCCCCUGGAGGUGGUGGCAGCCGAAUCCUUAUGGGCAAGUGUGAGGCUGGCUCGGCUCCAGUGGCCAGUGGUGGUGGUGGCGGUGGUGGCGGUGGCGGCGGCGGCGGCGGUGACAACUCCGAUGGGGAGCCCGAUAGCUUGAACAGCACCACCAACUCAAAUGAGACCAUCAACUGCAGCUCAGGGUCUUCCUCGAGAGACAGCCUGCGGGAGCCCCCAGCCCCACUGGGCUCCCAGACUUAUCAGCGGGAGACCAGGCACAGUUGGGACUCACCAGCCUUCAACAAUGACGUGGUCCAGAGACGGCAUUACCGCAUAGGCCUCAACCUCUUUAACAAGAAACCAGAGAAAGGCAUCCAGUACCUGAUCGAACGCGGCUUCUUGUCAGAUACGCCUGUGGGGGUCGCCCACUUUAUCCUGGAGCGGAAGGGCCUGAGCCGCCAGAUGAUUGGGGAGUUUCUGGGCAACCGUCAAAAACAGUUCAACAGGGACGUGCUCGACUGUGUGGUGGAUGAGAUGGAUUUCUCCUCCAUGGAUCUGGAUGAUGCUCUGCGAAGGUUCCAGUCCCACAUCCGGGUACAGGGAGAGGCCCAAAAAGUGGAACGGCUCAUUGAGGCCUUCAGCCAGCGGUAUUGUGUGUGCAACCCGGCCCUUGUGAGGCAGUUCCGGAACCCAGAUACCAUCUUCAUCUUGGCCUUCGCCAUCAUCUUGCUCAACACAGACAUGUACAGCCCUAAUGUAAAGGCUGAACGCAAGAUGAAACCUGAAGACUUCAUCAAGAACCUCAGAGGAGUUGACAAUGGAGAAGAUAUCCCCAGGGACCUGCUAGUCGGCAUUUACCAGCGCAUCCAGGGCCGUGAACUGAGGACCAAUGACGACCAUGUGUCCCAGGUGCAGGCUGUGGAACGCAUGAUUGUAGGCAAGAAACCAGUCCUCUCCUUACCCCACCGGCGCCUGGUCUGUUGCUGCCAACUCUAUGAGGUGCCUGACCCCAACAGGCCACAGAGGCUUGGCCUUCACCAGCGUGAAGUCUUUCUCUUCAAUGACCUACUUGUGGUCACCAAAAUUUUCCAGAAGAAGAAGAUCCUGGUGACCUACAGUUUCCGCCAGUCCUUUCCCCUUGUUGAAAUGCACCUACAGCUCUUCCAGAAUUCCUAUUACCAGUUUGGCAUCAAACUGCUGUCUGCAGUGCCAGGCGGGGAGCGGAAGGUGCUCAUCAUCUUCAAUGCGCCCAGCCUCCAAGACCGGCUUCGCUUCACAUCUGACCUCCGAGAGUCCAUAGCUGAAGUACAAGAGAUGGAGAAGUACCGUGUGGAAUCGGAGCUUGAGAAGCAGAAGGGGGUGAUGCGCCCCAACACCUCCCAGCCCACCGGCUCCAAGGACACAGUCAACGGCACACUGCCCCGGUCCAGCCUGGAGGACACAUAUGGCCUUGGGGACGGUCUGAAACGGAGUGCCCUUAGCAGCUCCCUACGUGAUCUUUCUGAUGCAGGGAAGCGGGGGCGGCGUAACAGCGUGGGAUCAUUGGACAGCACCAUCGAAGGCUCUAUUAUUAGCAGCCCCCGCCCGCACCAGCGGAUGCCUCCACCCUUGCCUCCAGCUCCACCGCCACCUGAGGAGUAUAAGACCCAGCAGCGCCCUGCGUCUAACUCAUCCUCCUUUCUGGGCUCACUGUUCGGCAGUCGGAGGGGCAAAGGCCCCUUCCAGACCCCUCCAGGGCCUACUUCUGCUUCUUCCUCCUCUGCCUCCUCCUCCCACCACCACCACCACCACCACCACCACCACCACCACCCUCCGGCAGCCCCAGCACCAGCCCCACACCACAUACACACCGACGGCCCCUCCAAGCUUCAGGCCCUCCAUGCCCAGUAUUGCCAUGUGCCUGGGGGGCCAGCCCCCCCCCCCUCCUCCCUACCACCCCAGCCUGCCCCACCCCCACCCCCACCCCAGCCAGCCCCUCUACCCCAGGUGGGCACUAUCCCACCACCACCUGCCUCGGCGCCACCUGUGGGGCCACACCGCCAUUUUCUCGGUGGGCACGGGCCUCAGCACUUUACACUGGGCCGGGCUGGGGGCCGAGCCAAACGGGGAGCAGCCGGGGCAGCCUCCAUGGGGGGUCGUUACCCACUGCACCAACCCACUUCACCCCUGCCCCUCUACAGUCCAGCCCCACACCAUGGGUUGGUCCACCAUGCAUACCCCCCACCAGGUCCACCACCACCUGGCGUCCACCACGUGGCCAGUGCGUCUAAACAGGGCCCCAAGCACUUUAUUUUUGGCGGGCACCCACCAAUGAUGUCACGGUCGGCGCCUGGAGGGCCCUAUGGGGGUGCAGGGGGUGGUGGGGGCCACUCUGGUCCAGUACACCCACCACAAUCACCACUGUCGCCUCACUCGCCUGUGAUACCACCCCACCCUUCGUACCCACCACUUCCUCCACCCUCACCCCAUACCCCACUCACUCCACAUUCGCCCGCACCCCCCACCUCUCCCCACCCACCACCCCAUAGCCACAGCCAUGGCCAUCCCCAUGGUCACGGCCACGGUCCUGGGAACCCCAAGCCCAAGCCAGCAAGCAGGAUCAGCACUGUUGUUUGAAUUGUAAGCAGGAGGUCGGCUCACUCCGCCUUCUGGGUUGGCCUUGGAUUCUCUUAGGAAGUAAAACAUACAGAGAACACAGGCGAUGUGGCCACCAACUCUCCCUGUCCCUGGUCCUGCUCCUAGGGGGUGUUGGGAGAACCCCCACUUCCCCUCCCUGGGCCUAGUUCUCCUCUGUAAAGUAAUGGGUUACUUCCUGAUUUUCAGUCUAUGGUCUUAAGUUGUCCCUCCCCCCCCCAGCCCCCACAAUGAGGCUCAGUUUCUCCCACCUGGAUGGGGCAUCAGCCUAGGAGCUUUACCUGGGGCCCACAUUUCCCAGUUUUCCUUAGGGGCUCAGGGCUCCCCCUAAACUACCCGAUCACUGAGCAAGAGAUGUGGGGGUUAGAGGGAAAGGAGCAAAGUCUUCAACAUGAUGGUACCUGCAGCACCCGAGGAGUCAUGGGACAAUGUUUGGCCCUGGAAGGAGUUUUUAGUUUUGGAGAUUGUGUGAAUUGAGUCUGGACUUCAUUAGCAGGGGAAUGUCUGAGGCUUCCUUAGGUGCCCCCAAGAAGGCCAGGGGGGCCUGUUACCAUGGAAGUGGAGGGCUUACACCUUCUCUUUCUGAGGGGACAGAGUGCAUGAAGCAAGGGUCUUAGGGACUUGCGCGCGUGCACACACACACACACACACACACACACACACACACACACACACACACACACGCGCUGGCAAAAGGUUGGAGCUGGGCUGACCUCCUGGUACUCAGGUCCCCUUCCUCUUCUGCCUUCCCAAUCUGCCUCCUCUGAUCUUGGAGCUCAGAGGAAUAGCCUUCCCCACCCAGAGUAGAAAUCCUGAUUUAUGCUGGUUAGGAAGACAUACUGAACCCCACCAUUCCAUGUCUUCUUUAGCUCUCACCCCCUCCCCAUGAGCCAACAUACUUUAUAGGCAGGGAGGGGAGGGGAAUGGAACUAUAGUCGUCCCCCCCCCCCAAUGCUGGGACAGGGCCUCUUAGAGACCCUCCCCCCAGUGUGGGCUCUUGGGAGAGGAGAGGGUGUGUGUGUGUGUGUGUGUGUGUGUGUGUGUGUGUGUGUGUGUGUGUGUGUGUGUGUGUGUGUGUGUGUGUGUUUCGGGGAGCAGGAGAGCAGGGCAGGCUGGGAAACUGCUGAAGCAAGGUCUGGGAGUCCUACAGACUGGGCAAGACUAGGCAGACCAGGUUGAGACAGGCUGGGCUGGGCAGGAGGGAAAAGCACAGCCCAGCCCCAGGAACAACCCAGUAAGGGUCCUCUCCAGAGAUACCCAGGGAAUGGGGCCUGAGACAGGAGCCAUUGCAACCCUUAGCUUUUCAACCUGGAUGGACUUGGUCCUGGCUGCCUCCUCGUUUGUUUAUUAUAAAUCUAUUUUUUACCAAUCCCAGCACCCCAUCUGGCCCUCUUUCUCCCUUCCUGCCCGCAUGUCCUUGCAGUCCUUGCCAUUUUUUCCUGCCUACGUGGUCCCAGUAGCCUACAGGGAGUGGACAAGGGGCCGACCCCUUCUCUGCACAGCUGGGGCUGGAGAAGUGCUGCUCCAAAGCCUGAGGGAAGGGCCUCGUUGUCUUGGUUGGGCCUGGUCUGUUCUUUUCCUUCUCUUUGUUGUACAUAAGAAUGUAUAUUUGAUGUCUUAUAAAUGCCCCUGUCUUUGGCCUGUGCUCA